AUGGCCAAGGCGCUGUUGCUGAUCUGCAUCGUGGUUUAUCCAGGAUCCUGUGCUCUCUGGGUGUCUCAGCCCCCAGAGAUUCGUGUUCAGGAGGGUGCCACCGCUCUCCUGCCCUGCUCUUUCAAUGCCAGCCGAGGGACAGUGGCCAUUGGCUCCGUCACAUGGUACCAAGACAAAGUGGCCCCAGGCACGCAGGUGAGCAACAUGACCCCAGAGUUCAGGGGCCGUGUGGCCUCUUUUGCUGCUGUUCCUCGAUUCAUCAGGGACCACAAGGCAGAGCUGAUCAUACAGGACAUUCAAAGCCGUGACUCCGGGAUCUAUGUGUGCAGGGUGGAGGUGCUAGGCCUGGGCGUCGGAACAGGAAACGGGACCCGGCUGUUGGUGGGGAAAGGCACUCCUCAGCAAGCUUCCAGCUCAGAGCAAGCAGUCCACACAAGUCUCCUCCUCCGCGCUGGACUCUACGCCUUCAGUUUUCUCUCUGUGGCCAUGGGUAGUACCUUCUAUUAUCAGGGCAAAUGCCCCUGUCACGUGGGAACACACGGCGCCCCUCCCACAGCCUGUGAGGAGUGA